GUGAGAGGAGAAUCACAGCAGCCACGGCCGAGCUGCAGAGGAUAAUACGGGAUUGGGACUUUACGCUGCGCUUUUCCGGCUGACUUUAUGAAAAAAUCCCCAUCGAUUUUUUUGGAGCCUUUACUUUUAUGUGAACUUAACAAAGGAUGUAUUUCUACUAAAAGCCCAACUUGAAACGCUGGAAACUUUUCCACCGAAAUGGAAGGGAAUAUUCCAUGGAUUAUUCUGUCACUCUUAUUGUUUAUGUACAUUUGCGAAGGGUUCCGUUGUGUGGAUAAGUACAGGCCUUGUGAAAAUGGAGGGACAUGCUUAGAUUCACCCUCUCGAUGCAUAUGUCGUCCUGGAUUCAUUGGCCCUCUCUGUCAGCACCUGGAUCCCUGUCAUCGAUCACCAUGCCUGAAUGGAGCAGCUUGCAAGAGCCAGGUGCUCAAUGGUAUCCCACAAUACUCCUGUGUGUGCCAGAGAGGGUUUAGAGGCCAAGACUGCUCUCUCAUUGAUGCCUGUGCCACAAGUCCCUGUGCCAAUGGGGCCCGUUGUGUCAAUUGGAACAACCACUAUAACUGUUCCUGCCCACCUGGCUACCAGGGAAAGAACUGUCGCAAUGACAUUGAUGAGUGCCGCAAGCCUGGCGUGUGCCUCAAUGGCGGCCUCUGCAUUAACACCCAUGGCUCCUUCCGCUGCCAGUGCCAGCCUGGAUACAGCGGGCGCACAUGUGAGGUGUCCACACUGCCCUGCGCCCCAUCUCAGUGCCUGAAUGGAGGCACCUGUCGACAGACCAGCGACCAUUCCUAUGAGUGCGCUUGCCUACCAGGUUUUGAGGGACACAACUGUGAGAAUAAUGUAGAUGACUGUCCAGGUCACAAGUGUAUGAAUGGAGGAAUAUGUGUGGAUGGAGUCAAUACCUACAAUUGCCAAUGUCCACCAGAAUGGACAGGGCAAUACUGCGCUGAAGAUGUCAAUGAGUGUCUCAUGCAGCCCAACGCCUGCCAUAAUGGGGGUACAUGUUUCAACACCAUUGGUGGCCAUACCUGCGUUUGUGUUAAUGGUUGGACUGGAGAUGACUGCAGUGAGAACAUUGAUGACUGUGCGAUAGCUGUUUGCUUCAAUGGUGCCACCUGCCAUGAUCGUGUAGCAUCCUUUUUUUGCGAGUGCCCAGUUGGAAAGACAGGUUUGCUGUGCCACCUUGAUGAUGCAUGUGUGAGCAACCCCUGCAAUGAGGGUGCAGUGUGUGACACCAAUCCUCUUAAUGGCCGUGCCAUAUGCACCUGUCCUGCUGGCUUUGUUGGAGGGGCCUGCAACCAGGACAUGGAUGAAUGUUCAAUUGGGGCGAACCCAUGUGAGCAUUUUGGGAAAUGUGUGAAUACAGAGGGCUCCUUCCAGUGUCAGUGUGGUCGGGGAUAUGCCGGCCCACGUUGUGAGAUUGACAUCAAUGAAUGCUUGUCCAUGCCCUGCCAAAAUGAUGCCACUUGCCUGGACCGCAUUGGAGAGUUCACCUGCAUCUGCAUGCCAGGCUACAUGGGGACUUAUUGCGAGAUUGAUGUAGAUGACUGUGAGAGCAACCCAUGCGUGAAUGAUGGCAUCUGUCGGGACAUGGUCAAUGGCUUCACAUGCACCUGCCAGCCAGGCUUUACUGGCACCAUGUGUCAAAUCGACAUAGAUGAGUGCGCCAGCACGCCCUGCCAGAAUGGAGCAAAAUGCUACGACCGACCCAAUGGGUUUGAGUGCCGCUGUGCUGAAGGUUAUGAAGGGACACUCUGUGAAAGUAACAUCAACAACUGUCAGCCCGACCCAUGCCACCAUGGUACUUGUGUAGAUGGCAUUGCUAGCUACACCUGUAACUGUGAUGCUGGCUAUACAGGUUAUCGCUGUGAGAAUCAGCUCAAUGAGUGCCACAGCAACCCUUGUCAGAAUGGAGGCAAGUGUGUGGAUCUUGUCAACAAGUACAUCUGCCAGUGCCAACAUGGAACCUCAGGCAGAAACUGUGAAAUAAACUUUGACGAUUGUGCCAGUAACCCCUGUGACUAUGGCAUUUGCAAAGAUGGCAUCAACCGUUAUGACUGUGUUUGCAAACCUGGCUUCACUGGUCCCAAAUGUAAUGUGGAAAUAGAUGAGUGUGCAUCUAGCCCCUGCAGAAAUGGAGGAACAUGUGUGGAUGAAGAGAAUGGAUUUCACUGUCAAUGUCCUGAGGGUUUCAAGCCCCCUUACUGCUACUCUCAGGUGGAUGAGUGCGGCAGCAGCCCAUGUGUCCAUGGCUCAUGCAGGGAGGACAUCAAUGGUUACCGCUGUGACUGUGAGCCCGGAUGGGUGGGGAAGAAUUGUGAUCUGGACCGAAAUGACUGUUUGCCAAGUCCCUGCCAGAAUGCUGGCACAUGCAUCGACCAGCUCAAUGGUUUUACCUGCAAGUGUCGCCAAGGCUUCAGAGGUAACCUCUGCCAGGUGAACAUCAACGAAUGUGCAUCCAGUCCCUGUAUGAACAAAGGCACGUGUGUGGACGGCGUGGCAAGCUUCACCUGUCUGUGUGAGCUCCCUUACAGUGGACCCACCUGUGCUGAGGUCCUCACCCCUUGCUCUCCUAACCCCUGUGCCAAUCAUGCUGUCUGCACCCACACAGCAGAUUACUUGGGUUACCAAUGUAAAUGCCAGCAAGGGUGGCAAGGUCAGUUGUGUAACACCGAUAUAAACGAAUGUAUCUCAAACCCCUGCAAAAACCGCGGGACCUGCACUAACAUGCGUGGAGGCUUCACGUGCGCUUGCAGAGCAGGAUAUACUGGGCUGACUUGUGAAACAGACAUCAAUGACUGUGCUCCAAAUCCCUGUCAGAAUGGAGGAUCUUGCACAGAUGGUGUGAACUCCUUCCACUGUAACUGCCUGCCAGGCUUCACGGGGCCCCGCUGUGCUUUAGAGAUCAAUGAAUGUCAGAGUUCCCCCUGUAAGAAUGACGGGACAUGCACAGACUAUGUUAACUCGUACACCUGCACCUGUAAGCCUGGUUUUACUGGCAUUCACUGUGAAACCAACAUCCCUGAUUGCACCGAAAGCUCCUGCUUCAAUGGAGGGGUAUGCACAGACAAAAUCAAUGGCUACUCCUGUACCUGCCGCUCUGGCUUCACCGGCUCCCACUGCCAGUAUGAAGUCAAUGAGUGUGAUUCCCAGCCCUGCCUCAACGGAGGCAUCUGUCAAGAUGCCCUGGAGUCCUUCCGUUGCUCCUGCCCCAAGGGCUUUACUGGCAACCGCUGCCAGACACCAGUUGAUUGGUGCAGGCGCUCAUCUCCGUGCCAAAACGGAGGACGCUGUCGUCAGAAAGAUGCAUCUUUCAUCUGUGAUUGUACCAACGGCUGGUCAGGACGUUACUGUGAUAUCCCAAGAGUGUCCUGUGAGACAGCUGCUCGCCAGAGAGGGCUCCAGACAGAUGAGCUAUGCCACCAUGGUGGUCAUUGUGUCAACACUGGGAAUACCCACUACUGUAAAUGUAAUUCUGACUACACUGGCAGCUAUUGCGAAAGUCAAGUGGACCACUGUGAAGACAAACCUUGUCGCAAUGGCGCCACCUGUAGGGGAUAUGUGGGAGGGUACCAGUGUGAUUGUAUGCCAGGUUAUACUGGACAGAACUGCGAGAUAGAAAUCAAUGAGUGCCAGUCUCAUCCGUGCCAGAAUGGAGGCACAUGCAUUGAUCUGGUGGGACAUUAUAUCUGCUCCUGCCCCCCCGGAACAUUGGGUGUUCUCUGCGAAAUAAAUGUAGAUGACUGUGACUCACCCUUGAGGAUGCGCAGUGCUCCUCCUAAGUGCCUGAACAAUGGCACCUGUGUGGACAGAGUGGGUGGAUAUCGCUGCAAUUGUCCCCCUGGUUUCACAGGAGAAAGAUGUGAGGGAGACAUAAAUGAAUGUCUCUCUAACCCCUGCAGUCCUUCCAACAGUCUUGACUGCAUCCAGUUGCCCAAUGACUACCAAUGCAUCUGCAAGCCUGGCUUUACAGGUCGGAGGUGUCAGAGCAGGUUCAGUGUUUGUGAGUCUCAGCCUUGUCAGAAUGGAGGAGCCUGUUCUCUAACCAGCAGUUCUUCCCUCGGAUACACUUGCACGUGUCAACUUGGUUAUACUGGGCCAAAUUGUGAAAGAAGCAUGUCCUGUCGGGAGCUGUCCUGCUAUAAUGGAGGUAGCUGCGCACUUACCACAAGAGGGGCGCGUUGUACCUGCCUGUCAGGUUAUGGUGGGCCCCAGUGUCAGCGUCGCAGCAAUGAAGGGUGCUCCUCCAAGCCUUGCCACAAUGGAGGAAUGUGCACUGAAGAGACUAGCUUCCCAUUCUUCCAAUGCCAGUGUCAAAGUGGCUGGACAGGUAAACGGUGCGAGCAGAAGAUCGACAGCGUUGAGCCUUCAAUACCCUCAUGUCCUCUGGCAGACUGUCACUCCAAAGCCAAUGAUGGUGUUUGUGACAAGGAAUGUAACACAUUCCCUUGUCGCUGGGAUGGUGGCGACUGUUCUCUAGCAGUGAACCCCUGGGCUCGUUGUCCAGACCGUCGCUGCUGGCAUGUCUUCAACAACAGCCAGUGUGAUGAGUCCUGUAACAAUGCUGACUGUCUAUAUGACAACUUUGACUGCAGAACCAAGGAGAAAGUUUGCAAUCCAAUAUAUGAAACCUAUUGCAUCGACCACUUUGCUGAUGGACUCUGUGACCAAGGCUGCAACACAGAAGAGUGUGGCUGGGAUGGCUUGGACUGUGCAGCAAAGGUUCCAGAAAACCUUGCUGAUGGUGUCUUGGUUUUGGUAGUUCUACUGCCUCCUGAGGAGCUUCUCCGUACCAGUACAGCUUUCCUGCAGAAAUUAAGCGCAAUCCUACACACUUCACUGCGCUUCAGGCUAGACGACAAUGGAGAGGCCAUGAUUCGGCCUUACACCCGCCGAGAAGCACGGCUCAAGCGGGAGCUACAGCCUCAACAUGAGAUCAUUGGUUCCAAAGUCUACCUGGAAAUAGACAACCGUUUGUGCUCUCAAGGCGCCGAGGACUGUUUCCCCACAGCUGACAGUGCUGCAGAGUACCUGGGAGCCUUGUCAGCAGUGGAAAUGCUCCGUUUCCCUUAUCCCCUCAAAGAAGCUUGGAGUGAAAGGAUGCCAACUGACCCCAUACCGUCCUGGGCCAAGCUGAUUCUGGUGGGGAUUGCUUCUCUUUUCCUCUUGAUCAUCCUUGUGAUAGGCAUGUUGAUUGCUCGUAGAAAGAGAGAACACAGCACCCUUUGGUUCCCUGAAGGCUUCUUCCUCAAAAAGGAACCCAGCAGCAACAAGAACCGUAGGGAACCUGUAGGCCAGGAUGCUCUGGGAAUGAAACACAUGCCAAAAACUGUGGAGGAAUCUCUUCUUGGAGAUCAUAGUGACCAGUGGAUGGACUCGGAUUGCCCAGAAGCAAAAAGGCUUAAGGUUGAGGAGCCAAGUAUGCUCUCAGACAGUGAAGAUGCAGUGGACUGCAGACAGUGGACACAGCAUCACCUUGCAGCCGCAGACAUCCGGGUCCCACCCACCAUGGCCCUCACGCCACCUCAAGGAGAGUUUGAAAGUGACUGCAUGGAUGUUAAUGUCCGAGGCCCAGAUGGUUUUACACCUUUGAUGCUGGCAUCAUUCUGUGGAGGCGGUUUAGAGCCUGAGGUAGCAGAGGAAGAGGAGAAUGAGGAGUGCUCUGCAAACAUAAUCUCUGACCUGAUAUACCAGGGUGCAUCCCUUGCUGCCCAAACAGACCGCACUGGUGAGACAGCACUCCACCUGGCUGCUCGCUACGCCCGUGCUGAUGCUGCUAAGAGGCUGCUGGAUGCCGGGGCAGAUGCCAAUGCUCAGGACAACACAGGGCGCACCCCACUUCAUGCUGCAGUGGCUGCAGAUGCACAGGGUGUCUUCCAGAUUCUCAUCCGGAAUCGAGCCACAGAUCUUGACUCUCGUAUGUAUGAUGGCUCCACUGCACUGAUUCUGGCUGCGCGGUUGGCAGUAGAGGGCAUGGUAGAGGAGCUCAUCACUUGUCAUGCUGAUGUCAACGCAGUUGAUGAAUUGGGUAAAUCGGCCUUGCACUGGGCUGCUGCUGUUAACAAUGUGGAUGCCACUGUUGCCCUGCUAAAGAAUGGCGCAAACAAAGAUAUGCAAGAUCUCAAGGAGGAAACCCCGCUGUUCCUUGCAGCCCGUGAGGGCAGCUGUGAAGCUGUAAAAGUGCUGCUGGCUCACUUCGCAAACAGAGAAAUUACAGACCAUAUGGACAGGUUGCCAAGAGACAUUGCUCAGGAGCGCAUGCACCAUGACAUUGUGCAGCUUCUUGAUGAGUACAACACAGUAAGGAGUCCCCAGGGCCAUGGAGGGCCUGGACACCACCUCACAGGGGGGCACACUCUGUCUCCUCUCAUGUGCCCUCCCAGUGCCUUCCUACCUAGUCUGAAGAACACCCCACAAGGCAAGAAGAACCGUCGGCCUGGGGCCAAGGGUUCUGGCCUGGGAGGCCAACAUGCUUCCAGCCUGAAGGAGUCAGUGAAGGCUCGCAAUAAGAAGCUGACCCUGGACAUGCAGAGCGCCUUACUGGAGAGCUCAGUUACUCUGUCCCCAGUCGACUCACUGGACUCACCACACGGUGGAGCCAGCAAUGCUGGCUACAUCACCAACCCCACUUCGCCUGUGGCCAUGCAGUCACCAGGGCUUUUCCACUCCUCCAUGUCUGUCCCAAACACCCCAAUGGUACACAGUAGCAUGUUGGAGGGAGGUGGCCCCUUUGCUGUGUCUCUAGCCCAGCUCAAUGACCUGGGAGCUGGAGGAAUGUCCUUGCAGGGACGUGUCUCUAUGGCUUCAGACGUCAACCAUGGCUAUGUGCUGAGUUCAGGCCAGAUGGGGCUCAACAUGGGCAUGGUCAGUCCUGUCAGUGUGCCCUUUGACUGGCACAACCGGAUGACCCCCUCCUCCCAGUGCGGUCAGCAGGUAGUGAAUAUUGUGCAAAGCAACCAGGCAGCCAUGCACCCCCAGAGUCAAGCCAUGCAGCAGCAAAACAUGCUGAUGCACCAACAGCAGAUCUACCGUAAUGCCAUGCUGCAGCCGACGCCUGUUACCUCCACACCCACUAUUAGCCCGGUGAAGUUGCCUUCCAUUGCUGAGCAGCAGCAACAACAGCAACAGCAGCAGCUCAUGAAUCACAGCAUCACCAACCAACAAAGCAUUGCCCGCAUGGGCACCUCCACCCCGCCCACACCCCAGACCUCACAGCCCCCACCGUCCUUCUUCCAGCAGCAGCAGAUGUCUCAACAGCCUUCUCAGUCCCAGCCUCCUGCUCAGCCCCCACAGGCAUCCACGCCAACAGCCCAGCCCGCUCAAGCUCUGCCCUCCCAGCCCAGUGGCAGCACUGCAGGAAAAGAGGAUUAUCCAACCCCUCCCUCCCAGCACAGCUAUUCAUCCGCACUAGAUGCCACGCCCAAGCAUUACCUCCAUUUGCCUAGUGAGCACCCAUACCUGACCCCCUCUCCAGAGUCUCCUGAGCACUGGUCCAGUCCUUCUCCCCACUGUGUCUCUGAUUGGUCAGAUUCCACACCCAGCCCAGCAGUUGCUGUCCCUGCCCAGACCCAAAUUACCCAAAUUCCAGAGGCCAAUGGCAAGAUGCAGGUGUUUGCAUGAAAAUCCUAUGGCCUUUGCUUGAAAAGGGACCUGGGGUGCAAGAAUUUGUGGACUGGCUCUUAGGCCCGUCUGUGUUUUAUGUGUCAGCCUGUUUCCAAGAUUUUCAUUGGAUUUGGAUUGACUAUGUUUAUCACGAGGACCGUCUGCUAGUGAUUUUUGCAGAGAAAAAAAGUAAAGGGAAAUGUGUGUUGUCUGAAAAAACGGCAGACAAUUUAAUGAAGUAAUUCUGUCACAGAUGGACUUGUUUUUUAUUAUAAAAAAAAAAGUAUAUGAAGAAAACCAAGUCUUUCAUUUCAAAGACUUGGGGACACUCUCCUGAAAACUAACAAACAUUUUAAAAGUAGAUAAGAGAAAAAGUGAAAAGUUGAAGGGAAUUUUAUUUAUUGUUUUUAUCUAUCUGAACUGCUUUUUAGAUGUUUCUCUUUCUGUCCUAGCUUCUCACAUAAAGUGCCAUCCCAAGAUGAUUCACUGGUUCUAGCAAAUACAUUUCAAGAGUUGCUCUGCAGUAGUGAUAUGUUUGAUUGAAUUGUGGCAAAUGAUUACUUUCCACAUGAGUAUUAUGAACAAGAAUGUAGAUGAGUGUCUCUGAAGCACUUCAAAUGACCAGCCUUAUAGGGUAAGUGUGGGUCGGAUACAACAUUUGACUGCAACGGAUAUUUAUAAUAUAUGGGUGGCAUUUACUCCAUGGCAGUUUUCUUUCUAACCAUCCAAACUGAAUGGGCAGAGUAAAGUUUUAGGUUUAAUGCUUCCAUUUGUAACUUGUCACUGACGCUAAAGGUCCCCAUCUGCCAGUGUUACUGCCACCCUGAUAUCUUCAGUCUUUAAGCAUGUUUUCAUUCACUUUAAGAAAAUGUUUCAAACAGAACUGUUUUCCUAUUAAAUCAGCCUCUCACUGCCCUUAUGUUUUCUUUUUUAUUUGUUUGUUUUAUACUCUGUAUAUUUGUGGAAACCAUGAAUACCUUUUUUUUUUGAAAACAUCACUUCAGAUGUACUAAGCUAUGCUUAUAUCAGCUGCUAUUUUAUAUCACUCUUCCCUGCAAACAUUCCUCCAUUUUGCUUGUUUUGUUGAGUUUGGACGCUGUGCCUUUCAGCAACGCAGAACAUAACUAUCUCAUGUUCUUGACCACAUUAAAUGGACUACUUGUAGCAGCACUCUCACCUCGUUCCUGCUAGUGUCUGCGGUGGAGCUGUGGUCAGUGUGAGGGGGCGGCUGCUGGGCUGUGACUGCUUAUGCCCUGUCACUCCUCAGGGAGGUGUUUUAUGGCAUGCAGUGGGACAGUUCCCCUGCAUCUACAGUAGCUUCCAGUCCAGGGGCCAUGGAGUUGCAUCUAAAGAUGAUUGCUAAAAGAGGCUGAAGGACAAAAAAACACUACUAUGUAGUGCUGCACCCUUUAACUUUUAACAAUUCUAAGAUGAGACUCAGUCACUCAACUAAGACUUUGUGUAAUGUCUGACCAACUCUUUUAUUUUCUGAGUGUGCAGGAUAGAGGUUCUCUUCUCCUUAACCUUUUUUUUUUUUGGACAUUUCAACAUAAAGUCAGUUGGUAAUAGUAGAAUUUUGAGAACGUAACCUUUGCAUUUUCGUCUUGUGACAACAUGAACAGAAAUGAGUAGGCCACCACUCCUAGCUACUACUUUUGUGGUGACUUAAACACUGCCCCUAGUUGUGUCAUAGACUGAGUUUAUCUUUAAUUCAUUGUUUUAUCCUGUUCGCUAUAGAGUCAGCUACUGUUCUGUCAGACCUUGGAAACAUGUUGUUCACAGUCCAGUUCACAUCUUACUUACAAGGAAAACAGUUUUUUGUCUGUUUGUUUUAUUUUUAUAUAUAACUGGUCUUACAAUUUCCAUACCAGGUCGCACUAAGUGUUUUGUACAUUUCAAACUCCCAAUUUCUGUUUGUAAAUAUGUUUGUUCUGGUAGAUCAUUGCUUGAGAAGUCUUAUGUUUCUAAAAUGAUUGUUGUGUACUAAAAAGGACAAAAAUAAAAAUGUACUUCAUUUAGCAUUAUUUGAAGCUGAGGCUGUGACUGAUAUUUCAUUGGUCUUGUGUUAUUAGAACAGUCAUAGAUAUUUUCUAUCAUUAUUAAUUUCAAUACUUGUUUAAAAGUAGUUCAAAAUCAUUGUACAUAAAACCUUUCUACAGUUUUUCUUUCUACAGUCAAACGUUGUAAAAUAAGUUACUUAUAAUAAAAACUGUAGGGAACUACA